AUGACCCUACUGGUGAUGAGAUAGCUAGGGUGAAAAUGGUAGAAAAUAGCUUUCCUUUGGAUUUGGAAAAGGUGCAGCAAUGUUUUUCUACUUCUAAAAUUGUGGAUGCAGAUUUAUGGCAUAAAAGAUAUGGUCAUUUCAAUGUCAAAGGCCUAAAAUUUAUGCAAACACAUGAGUUUGUUCGAGAUUUGCCAGAAUUGCAGUUAACUGACAGUGUUUGUGAAAGUUGUCAAUUAGGCAAGAUGCAUAAGUUGCCUUUUCCUGUGAAUAAAUCCUUUAGAGCAACUCAGAAACUUGAACUGGUGCAUAUGGAUAUUUGUGGCCCUAUGAGAACACCAUCUCUCAGCCAAAAUAGAUAUUUCAUCCUCUUUAUUAAUGACUUUACAAGAAUGACAUGGGUAUACUUUCUUGGCAGCAAAGGGCAAGCCUUGCCUGUGUUCAAAAAAUUCAAAGCUUUGGUUGAAAACCAAAGUGGAUGCAGAAUUAAGAAGCUCAGAUCAGAUAAUGGCAAGGAGUAUACCUCCAAUGAUUUCAAUUUGUUUUGUGAAGAAGCUGGUGUUGAUCAUCAAUUGACAGUGUCUUAUACUCCACAGCAGAAUGGCAUUGCAGAGAGGAAAAAUAGAACUGUUAUGGAGAUGGCAAGGUGCAUGUUAGCAAAGAAGAAAUUGCCUAAAUGUUUUUGGGCUGAAGCAGUUUAUACAGCUGUCUAUCUCUUAAAUGCAGCUAAAAGAGGAAAAUUAGAUGAGAAGGCAGAAAUUGGGAUCUUUAUAGGCUACGCAACACAAGCAAAAGGCUAUAAGGUGUAUGAUCCUAUAUCCAAGAAGGUAAAUGUGCAUAAAGAUGUUGUUUUUGAUGAGAGUGCACACUGGAAUUGGGAUGCAGGGAAGAUAGAAAAAGAUUCAAAUAAGCAGUGUGAAGCUGGUUCAAAUGUCGUUUCCAGUUCUGAAAUUGCAAAAGUUGAUGAUGAUUCACCGGUUUUCAAAACCAAGUCACUAGCUGAGAUUUAUGCAAAAUGUAAUUUAGCUUCUGCAGAACCUAAUUGUUUUAAAGAAGCAACUAAACAACAGGUUUGGAUUGAUGCUAUGAAGGAGGAGCUGUCUAUGAUUGAAAAAAAUCAAACUUGGUGUCUUAUUCCAAAACCAGAUGAUAAGAAGCCUAUUGGAGUGAAGUGGCUGUUUCGAACUAAGCUAAAUCCAGAUGGUUCUAUACACAAACAUAAGGCCAGACUUGUUGUGAAGAGGUAUGCUCAACAGCCGAGGGUUGAUUAUGAACAGACUUAUGCUCCAGUGGCAAGACAUGAUACAAUAAGGCUUCUAAUUGCAUUAGCUGCUAAUUUCGGUUGGAAGUUGUUUCAUAUGGAUGUAAAAUCAGCUUUCCUUAAUGGUGUUCUACAAGAGGAAAUUUAUGUUGAACAACCACCUGGGUUGGAGAUUGCGGGGAAGGAAGACUAUGUUUAUAAGCUUAACAAGGCUUUGUAUGGUCUAAAACAGGCGCCAAGGGCAUGGUAUUGCAGAAUUGAUGACUACUUGAUGAGUCAAGGAUUCAGGACGAGCACAAAAGAAGCAACUUUGUAUGUGAAAGGCAGCAGCAAUGAAUCUCAGCUUAUUUUGUCACUUUAUGUAGAUGACUUAUUGUUAACUGGAAAUGAUUUGAAGUUGAUGGAACAAUUCAAGAAGGUUAUGAUGCAGGAGUUUGCAAUGAAAAAUUUGGGAGAGACAAAGUAUUUUCUCAGACUUGAAGUUCAGCAAUUGAGCAAGGGAAUUUUCAUUUGCCAAAGAAAGUAUGCACUGGAUAUCUUGAAGAAGUUUGAAAUGGAGAGUUGUAAACCAGUUGCCACUCCACUGGUUCAAUAUGAAAAGCUUUCCAAGGAUGAUCGAGAAACCAAGGUUGAUUCCUCCUACUACCGAAGUUUAAUUGCUCCUAGUAAACUUCAUUUAGUUGCAGCCAAGAGAGUUCUUAGGUACAUCAAAGGAACCUAUGAACUUGGCUUGUGGUUUGACAGUAAUCAACAAGGAAGGUUACAGGGGUAUGCUGAUAGUGAUUGGGCAGGUUCUAUGGAGGAUAUGAUAAGCACAAUAGCUGAGGCUGAGUAUUUAGCAGCUGGGGCAGUAGCAAAUCAUGCUAUUUGGCUUAGAAUGGUGCUUGAAGAACUUGGUUUUGAUCAAAUUGAGCCUUGUGUACUCAAGGUAGAUAACAUGUCAGCAAUUGCUAUUGCUCAAAAUCCAGUGCAGCAUGGGCAGAUUUUACCUUCCGUCCCCAUUUCCUGUAGGGGGAUCUCCAUUCCCCACCAAUUAAUGUCAGAUGGCUCCUGCGGCAAUAGCAGAUGGCUCUGGCAACAGCAGCAGAUAGCUCCGACAGCAACAAUAGAUGACUCCAGCCAUAACAGCAGAGCAGAUGGCUCCGACCACAACAGCAGCAGAGUAGAUGGCUCCGGCCACAACAGCAACAGAGCAGAUGGCUUCGGCAGAAACAACAACAGAGCAGAUGUCUUUGGCAGUAGCAACAGAGUAGAUGGAUCUGGCAACAGCAGAGUAGAUGGCUUCAACAGCAGCAGCAACAACAGUAGAGCAGAUGGAUCCAGCAACAAUAGAGUAGAUGGCUUCAGCAACAGCAGAGGAGAUGGAUUCGACAGUAAGCUUCAGCGGCAACAAUAGCAAAGGAAACUGAGAAGGUGAGAUGGAGGUGAGAGAUGGGUGAGUCGCAAACAAAGAGAUUGAGAGUGAGACCGUGAGUGAUGAGAAUUAAAUAAAAUUAAGAUUAGGGU